AUGCCAACCGCAGUACAGGAGGGUACACAGACCGCAGUCGUUCAAGUCGACAAGUCAGAAGAUGGCGUUACGAGGAUUGGGAUCAACAGACCACAGCGAAGAAACGCCAUAGAUCAGCUCACGGCAAAGAAGUUGUAUGAGGCGUUUGUCGCUUUCGAGAAUGACAACCGGCAGAAAGUAUGCGUGUUCUAUGGUACGGGGAGAACAUUUUCGGCCGGCUUUGACCUCAGCGAACUGACCAGGUGGGAUACACCGCCGGGCGGGUCUAGAGACAUCGAUCGCGGAGGUAAUGAACACCUGAGUAACAUUACGCGUUCCAAGUUCGAACCCGUUUGCGGUCGCAACGCCGGUCCACUCGGCCCAAGCAGAAUGCGGAUAAACAAACCAGUGAUUUGUGCCAUUUCAGGAUGCUGCGUUGCGGGGGGGUUGGAGUUGUGUCUUCUCGCGGACAUACGGGUUGUGGAAGAGGAUGUGGUAUUCGGAAUAUUCUCCAGACGCUUUGGCAUUCCGCUACUCGAUGGAGGAACGGUCCGUCUGCAGUCUGUCGUCGGGUUAGGUCGGGCAUUGGAUAUAAUAUUGACGGGAAGGCCGGUAGGAGCUCAUGAGGCCCUUCACAUGGGUUUAGCGAACCGGGUUGUACCGAAGGGCCAGGCUUUCGGGGAGUCAAUGAAGCUUGCGAGGCUACUGGCCUCGUUUCCUCAGGAAUGUUUGAAUGCAGAUCGAGAUUCUUGUUACUAUUCUGCCUAUCGAGCGCAGUCACUGGAGGAUGCGCUAUCCUAUGAAUACAACGGUGCUGUGAAGGUCGCCGACCUUGCCAUUCGGGAGGGAAUCAAGUUUGUCCAAGGCAAAGAGAGGCAGGCGAAGCUAUGA